ACCCUUGAAUGGGCCCGUGGGCGGUGGUGUAGACACACGCCCCGGGAGAUCCUCAUAUAGACGGGUCUGUCUGGUCUCGUCAAGAGAGUGAAGAGGAGCCUCGGUCUGAAGAGCAGAGCCCUGCCGCCUCUCCCCUCCCUGGCCUUCAGCGGCUCCAGGACCCGCUCCAGCCGCCCGGCGCCGCGAUGCCCUGCUCACAGACCUGCUCCCGCAUCCUGGGUCUGGGCCUGGGCACAACAGCCUUGUUCGCCGCCGGGGCCAACGUGCUGCUGCUGUUCCCUAACUGGGAGGUGAGCUACCUGCUGCGGGGCCUCGUUGGCAGACACGCCUUGCUGGGCUCCGGACUCUGGGGCGGAGGCCUCAUGGUUCUGGCGGGAGCGACCCUCGUCUCCCUGAUGGGCUGGAGGCGCGGCUGCCUCAGUAAGAGCGGGCCCUGCCGCACGGUGCUUGUGGCUCUGGUGUCCAGCGGCCUGGCUCUGCUGGGGGCUGUGAGCUGUUUCAUCACUGCCGGGAUGGCCCUGAAGGACGGGCCUUUCUGCAUGUUUGAUGUCUCCUCCUUCAACCAGACUCGAGCCUGGAAGUAUGGCUACCCGUUCAGGGACCUGCACGGCAGGAACUAUCUGUACGACCGCUCGCUCUGGACGUCCGUCUGCCUGGAGCCCGCGCGAGCUGUCUUGUGGCACGUGGCCCUCUUCUCCUGCCUUCUGUGUGCCAGUCUCGUGCAGGCGCUGCUGGUGGCCCUUCACCUCGUCAACAGCUUCCUGGGCCUUCUCUGCGGCCUCUGUGGGCGCUUGCCGUAGCUGAUGCCACAGGCCAAGGGCAGCCACCCGCGCUGGCUUAUGAACUCGCUUCCUCCCAGAGCUUCCUACGUGGUGACAACACUCACUCCCGCUGCUUGCCGCCAGACAGACCCCACCUCAACUCACUGCUGACCUCAAGAUCCUAUGUUAGCUCUGCAGAGACGCUCAUGCCCAAAGCUCUCAAGUCCCAGGUUCAAUCCCCUGCACCAACAUCACCCAGAGCUGAGCAGGGCUCUGGGAAAGGAAGGAAGGAAGCAGGAAGGACCACGUAAUAGUCCACCCGGCGCCACGGGAAGCUUGAGAGGGAAAGGAGGCCUUCAGUUACAUCUGAGCCGACUCUUGACAGAACCGGCCCGAGAGGAGAGGAGCAGCAGCUAAGACCGGGACGCCACCAGCGUGUCGAGGACAGAGAAGUGGGUAAACCUGUGGCAGACACUCAGCGGAAAACCACAGCCGCUAGGAAAGGGGCGGCUUUGCCUCUUGUUCACCACAGUGGGACGCAGGGGAUCACGCCAAGCGGCCCCAGCAAGGACGCGGCAGCUACCAGAUGACCUCACUCAUAGGUGAGAUUUUAGGAAGCAAGCGAGGGAAGUACAGGUGACAUGUCAGUGGGCGAUGAUCCAUUCCAGCAGCGACAAGGAUUCAAAAGGAAGGCGCCGGUGGAGGGAGCCAUUUGGCAGGGAUGGAGGCGGCUAUGCUGGCGCCCGUUUGCAGGGAGGUGGUGGGACUGUUCCCCCGUGACGUCUUGUGAAAGGCACUUUCCUCAAUAAAACUAAACACGACAGUAAAUGAGUGCGAAUCCUUAAACGUGCUUCUUGCUGAAUGGUGACCAUUUGUGCCAGCAGGAUAGCAGGGCCGGGAAGAGCUCCCUUGGGUGGCACUGCUGCGCCUGCGGUGCCAUGUGCGGGCCAGCUUGGAGCGGGCGGCUCCCCUUCCUCUCCCUCCAGCCCACUGCAGUCCAGAGGAGGACGCCUCAGAGGGCCGGGUCCCAGCACUCACAGGCAUGCAGACCAGGGAGGGCGUGGAAUCCAGCGCCACAGCUAUUUCUCUCUUUUAAUAAAGUUUAUUAGUGGUUUCCACGAGGGUGAGAUCACAGGGGACGAUUCCCACCA